GAGUCUGUCGCAACUUCACGUACCCGCUCAAACUUGUAGAAUCACGCCCAUCGUGUUGGAUCUGACGCAAGUCCCUCACGAGUAACGGUUGCUUUAGGCGCCAUUUGCUCUUGCAUGUCCUCUCCUCCUCUCUCCGAAUCGCUUUUGAAUUUAUUUGUACUUUGAGUUAGCAGGGAAAGUAACAUUAAAAACUCAGUCGGUCCACUUCUCGCUCUUUAAGGUACUCCACUCACCUAUUCUUUUACUCUGUCUGCUUUUCUAUCGAAACAAAGAGAGCCCUAGUUUUGCAAUUUCGAAAUGAAGAUUUCAUCAAUUCAUAUCAGUCCAAACUUGAACUCUCAUGCUCCGCCGCGUAUUGCGAGAAAUGCUUCGUCGUUUUCGCAUAAGCAAUCGCUUCUGAUUUCCGCUAGGGCGUCUUUUGGAUUACGGGGUCCCGCUGAGCGCUGUCCGUGUCGUUUCAAGUCUUCCAGUCGGAUUCUGGUUACAGCGAGAGAGAAAGGAGAAAAAACUGAUGAGCAUCCUCGUAUUGAUGAUUCUGCGGAUGCUAAAGAUGAAAGUGAGGUUGUACGCCUACCAUUGAAACUGUCAGAGCGUGAUUUUAAUGGGACACCUUAUGUUCCGGUCUAUGUUAUGUUACCGCUGGGCGUGAUUGAUAGGAAGUGCGAGCUGGUUGAUCCAGAAAGUCUGGUGGAACAAUUGCGGAUCUUGAAAUCUGUUAAUAUUGAUGGUGUUAUGGUUGAUUGCUGGUGGGGAAUAGUCGAAGCACAUACUCCUCAGGUAUACAAUUGGAGUGGAUACAAGAGGUUUUUUCAGAUUGUGCGUGAACUUGGGCUUAAACUACAGGUUGUUAUGUCAUUUCAUGAAUGUGGAGGAAAUAUCGGUGAUGAUGUAUAUAUUCCACUCCCGCAGUGGGUUAUAGAAAUUGGUCAAAGUAAUCCUGACAUAUAUUUCACAGAUAGAGAAGGAAGACGCAAUUUUGAAUGCCUAACAUGGGGAGUUGACAAAGAGCGGGUUUUCAGAGGUCGAACUGCUGUUGAGGUUUACUUUGAUUACAUGAGAAGCUUUCGGGUAGAAUGUGAUGAGUUCUUUAAGGAUGGAAUAAUUUCUGAGAUUGAAGUUGGACUAGGUCCAUGUGGGGAGCUAAGGUAUCCUUCUUAUCCUGCAAAGCAUGGCUGGAGAUACCCUGGUAUCGGUGAAUUUCAGUGUUAUGAUAAGUACUUGAUGAAGAGUCUGACCAAAGCAGCGGAAGCAAGGGGGCACUCAUUUUGGGCUGUAGGUCCAAAUAAUGCAGGUUCUUACAAUUCUACACCUCAUGAGACUGGGUUCUUUCGAGAUGGAGGUGACUAUGAUAGCUACUAUGGUAGGUUCUUUCUCAAUUGGUAUUCUCAAGUUUUAGUCGAUCAUGGUGGCCGUGUACUUGCUCUAGCCAAUUUAGCUUUUGAAGGAACUAACAUUGCCGCCAAGCUAUCUGGGAUUCAUUGGUGGUACAAAACAGCUAGUCAUGCUGCUGAAUUGACCGCUGGCUUCUACAAUCCAUCAAAUCGCGAUGGCUAUGCUCCAAUUGCAGCAAUGUUGAAGAAGCAUGGUGUUGCACUAAACUUUACGUGCGUUGAAUUGCGUACAUUGGACCAGCAUGAGGGCUUUCCAGAGGCGCUGGCAGACCCUGAAGGAUUGGUUUGGCAGGUGCUGAAUGCUGCAUGGGAUGUUUCCAUAUUAGUUGCUAGUGAGAAUGCUCUCCCUUGCUAUGAUAGAGAAGGCUAUAACAAGAUAUUAGAAAAUGCUAAGCCCCGAAAUGAUCCAGAUGGGAGACAUUUAGCUGCUUUUACCUACCUCAGGCUAAGCUCAGUUCUGAUGGAGAGACACAACUUUUUAGAGUUUGAACGAUUUGUCAUGAGGAUGCAUGGGGAAUCGGUUUCUGAUCUCCAAGUUUAUCCAAAUGAAAAGCAUCCAAAAGUUCAGGAGAUAGAUGGCCAAGUUGCUGCAGAGUGAUGGUCUUUGUUACACUGCUGAGCUUGAGAGUCAACUUCAUGUUGCUGUAUACAAGUAAAACUUCCAAUCAUUCACUAUCUGGGUUUGUGUCCAGUUGCACAACAUUAAUGGCUCUUGUAAGUUCUAUUUGAGUACACUUCAUGGAUAGUGGAUCUGGAAUGCAUAUAUCAUACAGAUGA